CUACCACGAGAUUUUGUCUUUUGUUGUUUUGGUUAUACAUAACCUAAUACUAUACAAAUAAAAUCGUUUAUUUUUACAUGAGAAUAUUAUAUCUAUGACAUUUUUAUAAUUUUAACUUAAUAUAUAUUUAGAAAUAAAGAAGGUAAGGUACACCACAGGUUCUUCAAAAUGGCAGAGACUGGUCAAUUUAAAAGUAGUACAGCAUUUUGUGCUAAAUGUGGUUCUAUACUGCCUUUGCUACAAGAAUUUGGAUCUGUGAAAUGCUAUGCCUGUAAAGCGGUUUACGACCCGGAAAGUUUUAAUAAGAUAAAGUUCAAUUACACAAUACAUUUUAAUACAGUCUCUGUGAUAAAUAAUGAUAAAAUUUUAAAUAUGGAUAACCCUGAAGGUCCAGUUGUGGAGCGGAAGUGCCCUAAGUGUGGUAACGAUAGAAUGUCUUAUGCAACGUUACAGCUGAGGUCGGCUGAUGAAGGACAAACGGUCUUCUAUACAUGUGUUAAUUGCAAGUACAAAGAGACUGAAAAUUCAUAAGAAUAUUCAAAAAGGUAGACACUGAAAAUUUUUGCAUUGUUUUCAUAUUUUUGUAUGAUUGAUUGAUUAAAUUGUAUUAAAUAUUAUACAUUAUGUUAUUAUAAAAGAAGCGUAAUUAGUAGUAAGUCUGUUUUGUACAAAGUUCUCUUUUAAGUAAUAAAUCAUUACUUCUAAAA